AUGAGACACUCUGUCCUCUCCAUCUCCUUUGCCGUGGCACUUUUCUUGGAGUGCUACACACCAUCCAUGUUCGAUCCCAUCGGGAAGAUGGACGACGUCGCCUUGGAGCAAGAUACCCUCGACUCCCUACUGAGUGUAGAGGUGUCUGAAAACAGUCCUGAUUCAGUCAGAGGCAGGAGCUCCAAGAUUGUCUUGCUGGCAGACUCUGGCCUGUGGAUGAACCUGAACAGAGGACUUCCUUUCUACAAGCUGAGAGCUGCAGCCGCCGGGCCUGACAGAGCCCUGACUCUGGACCGCAGAGAGGCUGGCCAGGACCUAAGCCCCAGCAUCUCCAUCGUCAGGAGGGACACCAUGAGGUGUAUGGUGGGAAGGGUGUACCGACCCUGCUGGGAGGUGUAGAGUUGACCAAUGAGAGCAUCUCGUCUCAUCAUCAAUCUGCCAGCCAGAUUACCCUUCUGCAUCUUAA